CAUCCACCAUCAUCCGCCAUCAAACAUCCUCCUUCUCCAAUUAUCCUAACAACUGCCGAUCGCUAUGGUUCCGACAGCGGUGAUCUGUACCUUACUGUGCUACAACGUGCGCAAGGUGAUACAAUGCCAGGCCAAUGCCUAUUACUGUAUCUCCGAAUCUGCAUGCCCACUCCACAGGUUCUCGGGAUGGUUGGCAUAUGGCACCUCCACGUCUUAAAGCUCGUACAAUUCGUACACUUCUACAAGGGAGUUGAUGAUAGUGCUGACCGGGAAUCUAAAACCAGCCUUCCCAUGCGCCACUAACCAUGCUGUCCUCUUGCGCUGAGUCUAGUAUCAACGUGCCUUGCUUAGCCAUGGAUAGGUUCCGAGCUUCCUCUCUGGUUCCGAGAUUUGACGCCAAUGGCCUAAGUCAGGUACUGUGAUCCGUAUGGCCACCAAGGAUGUGGUAGGUUCUGGGUGCACUACUCGCAGGGGCUGAAAGCUAGCUCUGUUUGUAGCAAUACCGUACAACGGCGUUGAAACGGCGAGGACGCCGAAGCGCGUCGGGGGAAUGUCGAUGUUGGCCGUCGAAGGAGGCAAUCAUAUAUAAAAAGUAAGUUCCCUCUUUUGGUCUCUGGUUACGGGCCUCAAGAGAGCUAUUUUUAUUCGUCCUUGACACUAUUGUUUCUCAUCUGUGUUGAUCUAUGUCAAACUGAAAGCGUCCUAUAUUUCUAAAUUUCCUAUACAAUGCGGGGUCUUCUGACUGUGGCAUCUGUGCUCCCGUUAUCUUUGGCUGCUGCGGUCAUCCGUGAUGUUUUCGAUGAUGCACGCCUCCAAAAGCCCCGUGCGGAUUCCCUGCUAGAGAGAGCAGCGUGCACCGGCCCCAUCGCAAGCAAGCCUUCCAAGUACUGGCUUGAUGAGCAGGACCACACAGGCGCAGCAAGAGGAAUUGCACCAUUCACUGACAACAGUGAUCAAUAUCCUGUAUUCAGGAACGUUCUUGACUUCAAAGUUGCCAAUGAUGGCACAGGCGACCAGUCCGGAAACCUGCAAGAUGCCAUCAACUCCGAUGGCAACGGCGGUUCCCGUUAUCAGAACGGCUUGACCACCAAGCCAGCAGAGAUUUACCUCCCGGGUGGAACUUAUCAAAUAUCCAAGGUUUGGGAUCUCCGCGUGGGCACGAUUAUUGUGGGCGACCCAAAUGAUCCGCCAGUUAUCAAGGCUUCGGCCGAUUUUGAUGGAGACGCCGUUGUCAAUGGCUACGAUUUUGGAGUCGGUGCGCCGGAGACGAGCUUCAUGACUCUUAUCAAAAAUAUUGUCAUUGACACAACUGCCAUUGAUAAGGACAAGGCUGUUAUGGCCCUUAACUGGGGUGUUGCCCAAGGCGCAGGCAUGGCAAACAUCAAGAUUGUGAUGCCCGAGGACUCCAAAGGACACACAGGAAUCGUUCUUAAGGGCGGUUCCACUAUUGCCGUGACUGAUGUGAAUAUCCACGGCGGCGCGGUUGGUAUCCAGAACUCGAACCAGCAGGUUAACUUCAAGAACAUCUAUUUUAACCGUAGCUCUACUGCCUACGCUGCUACCGGUGGCUGGACGUCGCUUCUCCAAGGCGUCACUUUCGACACAUGCGGACGGGGCGUCGACCUUACCAAGGGAGGUAAUGCCGGGUCGUUGGUUCUCCUGGACUCCAAGUCGGUCAAUUCCGGCCCAGUUAUUAAAUUUGCCGAUUCAUCCAACGCCAAUGGCGACCGCAACAACCAGAUCGUAAUCGAGAACCUCGAGCAUGACACUACGAACCCCAUCGCCGUCAAGGCCGAUGACACUGUUGCGCUUGAUGCCGCCGAUACCAUCGACACUUGGGUGUGGGGAAAUGCCGAUCCCGGCGGAUACGUGACUGGAACCCAGUAUAAGACGGUUCGUCCUGACGCCCUUCUCAAAGAUGGGAAGUACUUCACCAAGGAGGCACCCACCUACGGCGAGUUCGCGAGCGAUCAGAUUGUCAAUGUCAAGAGUGUCACGAAUUACUCAGUUAAGGGUGAUGGGAAGACUGAUGAUGCUGCAUCUCUGAAUGCGAUCCUCCUCGACAAUGCUGCCAAUUGCAAGAUCACGUAUUUCCCAUACGGCGUGUAUAUUGUGAAGGAUACCCUAUACAUUCCUCCCGGAUCCCGCAUCAUUGGCGAGGCAUGGGCUGUUGUAUCCGGAGCUGGUGAUAAGUUCAAGGACGACUCAAACCCCGCACCCGUCAUCAAAGUCGGCAACGACGGCGAGACCGGCGUCGCAGAAAUCCAAGACAUGCGCUUCACCGUCUCCGAAGUCCUCCCCGGCGCCAUCAUCCUCGAGGUAAACAUGGCCGGCACCUCCCCCGGCGACGUCGGCCUCUGGAACACCAUCGUCACCAUCGGCGGCACAGCCGACACCGCCAUCCACGAAUCCUGCACCGACCAAGACACACACAGCUGCAAGGCCGCCUUCCUCGCCGUACACCUGACCAAGAAUUCAUCCUCCUACUUCCAGAACCUCUGGGCCUGGACUGCAGACCAUAAUGUUGACGGUGGACCGAACCAGAUCAUCGCUACUGGUCGCGGCGUCCUCGUCGAAGCUACAAAGGGGACUUGGCUGGUUGGUAGCGGCUCGGAGCAUCAUUGGCUGUAUAACUACAAUUUCGGUGCAGCUGAAAACGUCUUCGCAGGUCUCCUACAAACUGAGACGCCGUAUAACCAAGGCGACCAAGCUACGCUCACCCUACCCGACCCCUGGACCGCUGAGGCAGCAUACCACGACCCCGACUACACCUGGUGCGCCCCAGACGACCAGAAGUGCCGCACCGCGCUCGCAGUCAACGUCGACGGCGGGAAGGACAUCUUCCUGUACAACUCCGCGUCCUGGGCGUUCUUCCACGGGCCAUGGGACGGGUCGUAUAGUAAGACGGCGUGCGAUGGGACGUGUCAGACGAAUAUGAAUCGUGUGGCGAAUGAUCCGGAUAAUUUGGCGUGGUAUGCGAUUAAUAUUAAGUCGGCGGAUACGCUGGUGUUGGAUGGGAAGGGGAAUCCGUCGAAGGAUAAUAAUCCGGGGAGUUGGGGGGGGAAUUUGGUGGCUUAUAGGGAGUUUGCUAAUGAGGGUUAGGGGAGGGGAUUUGAUGGUAUUUGUCGAGAUAUCCGUUGGUUAGCGAGCGGG